UUUUUCUGCUAUAUAUAAUAUAUAUACGGAAGCAUCAUACGUAUAUCAUCAUGUUUCCGACAAUGAUGAAUAAUAUCUCGGAUUCAUUAACCUCCGACGAAAGCAGCAGCAUCAUAUCUUCGUCUUGCCCAGCUUCUAGGGUUCAACUUCAACACAACUUCGGAACCCUAUCUUCAAUUAUUAUGCUACCACAUCAUAAUUCACUCACCUCUGAACACAAAAUCAUCACCAAGAAGAAAAGAAACCUCCCAGGAAACCCAGAUCCUGAUGCGGAAGUGAUAGCGCUAUCUCCGGCAACCCUAAUGGCGACGAACAGAUUCGUGUGCGAGGUGUGCAACAAGGGUUUCCAGAGGGAUCAAAAUCUGCAGCUACACAGGAGAGGGCACAACCUGCCAUGGAAGCUCAAGCAGAGAAGCGGUAAGGAAAUCAAGAAGAGGGCUUACGUAUGCCCGGAGGCCACGUGUCUACACCACCACCCUUCUAGGGCUUUGGGAGAUCUAACAGGGAUCAAGAAACACUACUGCAGGAAACAUGGCGAGAAGAAAUGGAAGUGCGAUAAAUGCUCCAAAGUUUACGCCGUUCAAUCCGAUUGGAAAGCCCACUCUAAAACCUGUGGAACUAGGGAGUACAGAUGUGAUUGUGGUGCCCUUUUCUCCAGGAAGGAUAGCUUUAUCACACACAGGGCAUUUUGUGAUGCAUUAGCUGAAGAAACUGCUAGAAUCUCUGCUGCCACUAACUCUAUCAUCUUGCCACCAAACCCUAAUAUUAAUAUUAAUAAUAAUACCACCACCCAACAAUACUUCCAUUUCGAACCCCAAAACCUCCACCCUCCGCCACCUCUCCACCAGUUUUCCCACCGCCACAUCAGCAACCAAUGGGGCCCACCGUCACCCCAAAACCGAUUACUAGUCCACAUCAAACAUGAAGACGAAGACACCAACAUUAUUAAUAGUAAUACUAAUACUAAUACUAAUAAUAAUAAUAAUAUGCCCCUUAUUUCUUCACCACUCUACCAAAAUAGGAGCCCCAUGAUGACGUCAGUACCCUUCGGGGACUUCCACGUAACAUCCGGCCUGCCGCCACUUUCGGCCACCGCACUCCUCCAAAAAGCGGCCACAAUGGGCGGCGGCGCCAUGGGUCAGGUGAGCUCCACCAUGGCCCACCUUGACAUGCACGUGGCGGCGGCUUCUUCUCAGUGGCGGAAGAGUAGUACGGGUAAUACUGAUGGGUUCACCAGGGAUUUUCUUGGCCUGACGGCUGGAGAUCAAUGCACCAGCACCACCACCGCCAGCGGCGGUGCAGGGAAUAUGAGGGAGCUGCUGUUACAUACUGCAGCGUACGAUCAUAAUUCUGCGUUGAAGCAUCAGUCUGAUUUAUUUAUGUUUUAAAAGAACAUGUACUUUUUUUGUUAAUUAAUUAAUUGUGCUCUAAUGUUUGAUGUUCUUCGGCACAAAUUUGGAGAGUGUUUUAUUUAUAAUUUGUUGCUGAAACAAUAGACUCCUAAUAGUAAUUUAAUGAGUCUGGUGAAUUCUACUAUUAUUAUUUUUAAUUUUUUUUUUUGAGAAAUAAAUUUAGUGUUUGGAG